AUGUUGCCCCGCUCGCGCUCGCAAGGUGGGCGGGAGCGCCUCCCUAGCCACCCCUGGCGCGGCGGCUGCUCCCUGCCGGCUUCCUCCGGGCCGCCCCGCCCGGACACCAAAGGCUCGGGGGCUCCUGCCUGCCUGGCUCCCUACCUGCAGACAGCCUCGCUCGCCGCUCCCCGGCAGGCUCCGGGCAACGAGCGCUCCUCCUUCGCCGCGUCUUCCUCGCCCCCCUCCGCCUCUUCCGCCGGCCCCGCCGCCGGUGCCGGUACUCAGCGACAGCCCGCCGCCCGCCCCUCCCUCAGCAGCGCCGCCGCCUUGACCAUAUCUGGAAAGCGCCAAGCGCCCGCGCCCCAUACAACGCGGCGGCCAGAAGCAGGAGGCGGCCCCCUUGGAAGGCAGGACUCGCGGGCCGGCAGACACGCGCCCAGAGACCAGGCGGCGGACGGAGGCAGCAGCAGCAGCAGCAGCCACAGCACGAGAGAGGCGGGGGCGAAGGCCGGCGGCGGCGGCGGCAGCAGCAACAGCCGCGUCCCCUCAGACAGCAGCAGCAGCAGCAGCACGACGGGUGAGCAGCCUCCUUCCGCCUUCUGGCCGUCCUCUUCGGCGGCGGCGGCGCCCCUUUCCUCCUUCUCCAGCGCCUGCAGGAGCCGAACAGCCCCUCCUCAUGCUGCCCUGGCGGGCGGCAGGGCCUCGCGCGUUUUGCCCGCCACUCCGAUUGGCGCCCCCCUGACAAGAGACCUGCGGGGACUCACGGGGAGAGCAGCAGCAGCAGCAGCGGCAGCCACGAAAGGCCGCUUCCCCAGCGCUGCCGGCUCUCUCGCCGCCUCUGCCGAGGAGAGGAGAGGACGGGUUUCCGAUUGGCUCGGCUUGCACGGCUCAAGGAGCAGCGGCUUGCCGGGGAAGCUUUGA